AUGUCUUCUGAAGAUCAACCGCAACAACCUCAUAAGGAACACCACAAGCACAUCCACAGCCCACGGUUCGGAUUCAGCAGCCCCAAGCUGGGCUUUAGCAGCCCUAAACUCGGCUUCAGUAGUCCUAAGAUUUCGUUCCACAAACACGGGCAUGAAGAUAGCCCCAAACCCGAAGGUGCAAGCCCACAUGUUUCCGGCAGCCCCCGCGUUGGAACUAACUCCCCCCAUUUUGAUAUUGAUGAAAAUAGCGACGUCCCUAAGUUUUACUCGACUGGCCGUGGAGGAGCAGGUAAUAUGGGCUUUGGCAGCCCUAACCUGUCUCCUAAAAUCAUUCCUGCUGAGGAAGCCAUCCACCCACUGCACCAAGAGGUCUUCACAACAGGUCGUGGCGGUGCAGGAAACAUGGCUAAACAUCUGGAUCAAAAGACAGUCGAGAUUCUUCAAGAUGAAGGCAUCCCGUCACCUCAAACUGACCCUAGCAAGCCUACAAUGAGCAACAUGUCGAUUGGCCGUGGUGGAUUUGGUAACGUACGUGCCACUCGGGAGGCUGUUCAACAAGAAAAGAGUAUCUUUGAAAAGAUGAAGGAACAUAUUUCAAAGUAA